UCAGCCAGAGGGUGUUGCUGCUGUGGGCGACGCUAGCAACGCGAAGGUGCUGAAAACCAUCAGAUCCUACUGACUGGAGAAUAUAAGCGCCUGCUCAAAGGGCACACUGUGGCUUUUUGUACUGAUCAGCCAUCGGCUUGUUAUCUCAUCCUAGACUCUGGUGGUUUGUUGCUCUAAAAGAUUAGCAUCAGAAAGCCACCAUUUCCUUUAGCUUCCUGUCAAGAGCCGGACACCAGCGGACAGAGAGAAGGCAGAUACCUGACUGAGCCUGGUCAACCUCUGUUUUCACUGAAAGACUGACACCCCAUUCCUCCACUCUAACAGAUCCCAUUCCUCCUCCCUGUGUCAUCUUAUUUCUAGUUAUAAAUCAUGGGGGAUGAAGAUAAAGUAAUUGAACGUGAAGAUUUGGAACCAUCCACAGGAAUGGAUCAUGCAGCUUCUACAUAUCAAGAAACACAGGAGGAAACAGUUAUGAGCUCCAAAGCAACAGAUGCCAAAGAACCAACAGAAGGAAGUAACCUCCUGAAUAGCAGUGAAAAAAAGCUACAAAAAAUACCAACUGAAUCAAAUAAUUUGCAAAGACUGAGACAAACAUUUUCUUGUCCUCCACAUGGUUUACUGGAUAGAGGAAUAACAAAUGUUACCAUGGUGGUUCUUCUCUGGGCUGUAGUUUGGUCAAUUACUGGCAGUGAAUGUCUUCCUGGAGGAAACCUAUUUGGAAUUAUAAUCCUAUUCUAUUGUGCCAUCAUUGGAGGUAAACUUUUGGGGCUCAUUAAGUUACCUACAUUGCCUCCACUGCCUCAUCUUCUAGGUAUGCUGCUUGCUGGGUUUCUUCUCAGAAAUAUCCCAGUCAUCAGUGAUAACAUACAGAUCAAGCACAAGUGGUCUUCCGCUUUGAGAAGCAUAGCCCUGUGUGUCAUAUUGGUCCGCGCUGGCCUUGGGCUUGAUUCAAAGGCCCUGAAGAAGUUGAAGGGUGUUUGUGUAAGAUUAUCCAUGGGUCCUUGUCUGGUGGAGGCGUGCACAUCUGCUCUUCUUGCUCACUUCCUAAUGGGUUUACCAUGGCAAUGGGGAUUUAUACUGGGUUUUGUUUUAGGUGCUGUGUCUCCAGCUGUCGUGGUACCCUCAAUGCUCCUUUUGCAGGAGGGAGGCUAUGGGGUUGAGAAAGGCAUCCCGACCUUACUCAUGGCUGCUGGCAGCUUCGAUGACAUUCUGGCAAUCACUGGCUUCAACACAUGCUUGGGCAUGGCCUUUUCCACAGGCUCCACAGUUUUUAACGUUCUCAGAGGAAUCUUAGAAGUGGUAAUUGGUGUGGCAGCUGGAUCUCUUCUUGGAUUUUUUAUUCAGUACUUUCCAAGCAGUGACCAGGACAAACUUGUGUGGAAGAGAGCAUUCCUUGUUUUGGGGCUGUCCAUGCUAGCUGUGUUCAGCAGUGUGUAUUUUGGUUUCCCUGGGUCAGGAGGACUGUGCACGUUGGUCAUGUCCUUCCUUGCAGGCUUGAGAUGGGCCGGCGAAAAGGCAGAGGUUGAAAAAAUCAUUGCAGGUGCCUGGUAUAUCUUCCAGCCCCUUCUCUUUGGACUGAUUGGAGCAGAAGUAUCUAUUGCAUCUCUCAGACCAGAAACUGUAGGCCUUUGUGUUGCCAUCCUGGGCAUUGCAGUAUUGAUACGAAUUUUGACUACAUUUCUGUUGGUGUGUUUUGCUGGUUUUAACAUCAAGGAAAAGAUAUUUAUUUCUUUUGCAUGGCUUCCGAAGGCCACAGUCCAGGCUGCCAUAGGAUCUGUGGCUUUGGACACGGCAAGAUCACAUGGAGAGAAACAGUUAGAAGAAUACGGAAUGGAUGUGUUGACAGUGGCAUUUUUGUCCAUCCUCAUCACAGCCCCAAUUGGAAGUCUACUCAUUGGUUUGCUGGGUCCCAGGCUUCUCCAGAAAGCUAAACAUCAAAAUAAAGAUGAAGACGUUCAGGAAGAGACCUCUGUACAAGUUUAGAGGUGAAAAGAGACAAUGCUGAAUAUAAUGAUUAGAAAGCUUUUACCAACUAGCAGAGGCUACGUUAUCUAGAUGCAUAUUGAGAUAUGUGAUGUUCAAACUUUAAAUGUAAUAGAACAAAAAGUGUGGCUAUGUCUUGAAAGAGGAUUUUUAACCAUUAUCCUUUUCAUGUGGGUGGUAAUAUUCUACAUCUCCCAACCUGAUUUCUCGACCUUUUUUUGUUUGUUUGUUUGUUUCAAAUACCUCUUCAUUAUGUAUCUUAAAUUGUUCGGUAAAAUGUACUACCACAAUUUAAAAUUAACAUGGAAAAGAUCAAAUUCA